AUGGAUAAGCCCGCCCAGGACUUCGAGCGCAAGUGGGACCCAGCUUUAUAUAACCAGGCUCUUAGUGUUCUGUACUCUGACGACUAUACCAAACCCCUAUUCGAGCUACUUUCUGCCCGGUCCGGCGAACGAAUUGCGGAUCUAGGGUGCGGUACGGGUGAGCUCACCCUACUUCUGCAACAACUCGUCGGAAAGGACGGGGUAGUUGUAGGAGUGGAUGCUAGCGAGAGUAUGCUCGCUAAAGCCAAGGAAAAUGGCCUUGUAAAUCUUUUUCUUUGUGAUGUACAGAACCUCGUAGUACCGGACGAGUUCAAGUCCCUCGUUGGAACAUUCGAUGGCAAGCGCUCUUCCCAAUAUUUUUACCCGCGUGGGGCGGUGCGAACUGCGAAGACUCUUCUAAAGCCUGGGGGCAGAUUUGUGGGCGCACUUCCCGGGUAUAUGAACGCAGUUGGAUUACGAUGCGUUGCUGCCCACCUACUUGAACGUCGCGGAAAAAAGAUAUCAGAUCCAUGGUUUCUACCUCAACCCGCAGAAUACGCAAAGCUACUCGAGUCGGAAGGGUUUAUAGUAGAACACAUCUCGCUGAACCCUCGCGUUGCUGUUCUCCCAGGAUCCCUUGUGAAUGCCAUCCGCUCAACCAUUCGCAUUGCGUACCUCAAGGACCUGGAAGAUGAUGAGGCGGAGGAGGUCAUUCAAGAAAUGUCUAGAAUCUGUGAGUUCGAUCAUAGAGAUGGAACAGGUGCUUGA